UCAUAAUCUGAUAAUUAAUCUUACGUGGUAUAGCACAGUAUGAUUUAAAAAUUUAUACCUCAGAGAACUUUCGAGAAUAAUUUAACAAAUCUACAUUAAGCUAUGAGUGUAUGUGAGGAACAUCUCAACAUUACAAUAGAUGAGAAUGACAUUAUUGUUGGUGCUAAAGAUAUUAUAAAGAAGAUUAGACCAACUUGGCCUUUGCAACAAUUGCAUUUCAAGAUAUUUACUGAUGGAAGAACAAAUAAGUUGAUAGGAAUAUGGUACACGGGACAUUGUACAGAUAUGAUCCUGGUUAGAAUUUAUGGCAAUAAUUCGGAUUUACUGAUCGACCGAAAAAGCGAAAUACAAAAUAUCCGGAUAUUGAAUAAGGCUGGCUAUACUCAUUGCAUUUAUGCUACAUUUAACAAUGGAUUUGCUUAUGAAUUCUUGGAAGGUGAAACUCUGACUAUUGAAACAGUCAAAAAUCCAAAAGUAUAUCCAUUAAUUGCGAAACGUAUGGCUGAAAUGCAUAAUCUUGAAUUUGAAAAUGAAUCUAUAUCAAAAGAUGCUUUUAUUUGGGGAAAAUUAAAGAAAUUUAUGCAAAUUAUACCCAAAAGAUUUUCGGAUUCUCUUAAGCAAACAAAGUUUGAAAUGUUGAUACCAUCCUAUGCAAUAUUGGAGAAAGAAUAUCAGCUAUUGAAAAAUACACUUUCCAAAGUGAAUAGUCCUGUAGUAUUUGCUCAUAAUGAUCUUCUACUAGGAAAUAUAUUGUACAAUCAAAAACAGGAGAAUGUCGUUUUUAUCGAUUAUGAAUACACUGCGUUCAACUAUCAGGCGUUCGAUAUAGUUAAUCACUUUACAGAAUAUGCCGGUUUUGACGAACCGGAUUAUUCUUUAUAUCCGGAUGAAAAUUUUCAAAAAAAGUGGUUAAAAAAAUAUUUACGAAUAUACAACGCGACGACUAAUGUGUCCGAAAAAGACGUUGACAAAUUAUACUGGCAAGUUACUAAAUUUACUCCUUUGCCGCAUUUUUUUUGGGGCUGUUGGGCUCUCAUCCAGAGCGAGCAUUCGCAUAUUGAUUUUGAUUUUUUAGAAUAUGCUGCAAUACGUUUCAACGAAUAUUUUAAAUGGAAGGAAGAAAUUUUUAAGAUGAAAACAGAAUUUGAUGAAUGAAAAAAAUGGCAUAUAUAAAACUUGUAUGGUAUUUUUUUAUGUAUUUAUUCCAAUUGAAGUAUUUUGUCUCGAAUGUACAUCUUAGCAAUUGUACAUGUAUGUGUAUAUAUAAUUUUUUAUUGACUAUUGAUAUAUAUGAUAUAUUGUAAUAUUUAUAUAUACAAGUGACAUUAUAUAUAUAUUAAUAGUUGUGACCAAAUAUGAUCACUAUUUUAUUGGUGCUGGUAGUAUACAAUAUUGUAUAGAUAGAUACAGAUUUUUAUAUUUAGAGUAUAAUAGAACAACUAUGAAACAAUGUUAAUUAACAAGUUUAAUUAACUUUAAGUUUUCUUUCUUUGUUAAAUAUAUAUGGAAUCUAUAAAAUAAAAAUGCUCGAAGAA